AUGGCGAACGGCGACUUUGAAAAAGACCCAGGGUUUCAAUACCUGGGUCUUUCCCGUGAAGCUCGAGCAGAAUCUGCCAAUCGGCCUUUCGAUUCCAAGAAGAAUGUCUGGGUUCCAGAUGCAGAAGACGGCUUCGUUGCCGCUGAAAUUCAGUCCGUACAAGGUGACCAAGUCACAGUCGUCACAGCAAAAGGAAACUCAGUGACAGUGAAAAAAGAUGAAGCGCAAGAAAUGAACCCUCCCAAGUUCGACAAGACAGAAGAUAUGGCGAACUUGACCUUCCUGAAUGAAGCCUCCGUUUUGGCUAAUCUCAAAGACAGAUACAAGGAUAUGAUGAUCUACACAUAUUCCGGUCUUUUCUGUGUUGUGAUCAAUCCCUACAAACGUCUACCCAUCUACACAGAAUCAGUAAUCAAAUUCUACAUGGGAAAGAGAAGAAAUGAAAUGCCUCCACAUUUGUUUGCCACAUCUGACGAGGCCUACAGAAACAUGGUCCAAGACCGUGAGAACCAGUCUAUGCUGAUUACCGGAGAAUCCGGGGCCGGAAAAACUGAAAACACAAAGAAAGUAAUCUCGUACUUCGCCAUCGUUGGUGCCACCCAACAGGCGGCAGAAAAGAAGGAAGGAACCAAAGGGGGUACCCUCGAGGAACAAAUUGUGCAGACUAAUCCUGUACUUGAGGCUUUCGGUAAUGCCAAAACCGUACGUAACAACAACUCUUCACGUUUCGGUAAAUUCAUCCGUACCCACUUCUCAGCACAAGGAAAACUAGCAGGAGGAGAUAUUGAACACUACCUGCUCGAAAAGUCACGUGUGGUGCGUCAAGCUCCAGGAGAAAGAAGUUACCACAUUUUCUACCAGAUCAUGUCCGGACACAACCCGAAACUCCGCGAGUCUUUGAAACUCACCCACGAUCUCAAAUACUACCACUUCUGUUCACAAGCUGAGCUGACCAUUGAUGGUGUCGAUGACAAAGAAGAAAUGGGUCUUACACAGGAAGCCUUCGACAUUAUGGGAUUUGAAGACGACGAAGUCAUGGACUUGUACAAAUCUUGCGCUGCCAUCAUGCACAUGGGAGAAAUGAAAUUCAAACAGAGACCAAGAGAAGAGCAGGCCGAACCUGACGGAGAUGAGGACGCACAGAACGUUGCCCACUGCUUGGGUGUGAAUCAUGAGGAACUUCUGAAAUCUCUCACAAAGCCUCGUGUUCGUGUCGGUACUGAAUGGGUAAACAAAGGACAGAACCUCGAACAGGUCCACUGGGCUGUAGCUGGUCUCGGAAAGGCUAUCUAUGCACGUAUGUUCAAAUGGCUAAUUGGAAGAUGUAACAAGACCCUGGAUGCCAAGCAGAUCGAGCGUCGCUACUUCAUCGGUGUGCUUGAUAUUGCUGGUUUCGAAAUCUUCGAUUUCAACUCAUUCGAACAGCUAUGGAUCAACUUUGUAAACGAACGCCUGCAACAGUUCUUCAACCACCACAUGUUCGUUCUGGAACAGGAAGAGUACAAGCGUGAAGGCAUCCAGUGGACCUUCAUCGAUUUUGGUCUUGACUUGCAAGCCUGUAUCGAACUGAUUGAAAAGCCACUUGGUCUCAUCUCCAUGCUUGAUGAAGAAUGUAUUGUUCCAAAAGCCACCGAUAUGACCUACGUGCAAAAGCUGAACGACCAACAUCUAGGCAAGCAUCCAAACUUCCAGAAGCCACGACCACCCAAGGGAAAACAGUCCGAAGCCCACUUCGCAGUCGUCCACUACGCUGGUACUGUACGAUACAACGCUACAAACUUCCUUGAAAAGAAUAAGCUGCAAGCUCAUGCUCGUACCGCUGUCGCUCUGCUAAAGACCCACUCUACAAGCUGCAAGCUCAUGCUCGAUAUCUGGGCCGACUACCAAACCCAAGAAGAAGCCGCUGAAGCCGCCAAGAGUGGAACAGGAGGUGGAAAGAAGAAGGGAAAGUCUGCCUCCUUCAUGACUGUAUCCAUGAUCUACCGUGAAUCGCUGAACAACCUGAUGAACAUGCUUUACCAGACUCAUCCUCACUUCAUCCGAUGCAUCAUCCCCAACGAGAAGAAGACUUCCGGUCUCAUCGAUUCCGCUCUCGUACUUAACCAGUUGACUUGCAACGGUGUACUUGAGGGUAUCAGAAUUUGCCGAAAAGGUUUCCCGAACAGAAUGCUCUACGAUGACUUCAAACACAGAUACGCCAUUCUCGCUGCUGAUGCCGCCAAGGCCGAGGAUGUCAAAGCCGCAUCUGUUGCCAUUACAGACAAGCUAGUCACAGAGGGUAAACUGAAGGAUGAGGAAUUCAAAAUCGGAAACACCAAGGCUUGUACCAAUGUGUUCUUCAAAGCCGGUAUUUUGGCCAGACUUGAAGACCAUCGUGAUGAGAUUCUCAAGGUCAUCAUGACCAACUUCCAAAGCAGAUGCAGAUGGUAUCUCGGACUCACAGAUCUCAAGAGAAGACAACAGCAACAAGCAGGACUGCUCAUUGUCCAACGCAACGUCCGCUCGUGGUGCACUCUUCGCACAUGGGAAUGGUUCAAGCUGUAUGGAAAGGUCAAGCCUAUGCUCAAAGCCGGAAAAGAAGCAGAAGAAAUGGAGAAAUUGUCUGGAAAGAUCAAAGAACUCGAGGAAACAAUCCAGAAGGGAGACGAAAACAGGAAGCAACUCGAAUCCCAGGUUGCUGGCCUCAUCGAAGAGAAGAAUGCUCUGUUCUUGAGCUUGGAAAAGGAGAAGGCAAACUUGCAAGAUGCCGAAGAGCGCAACCAAAAACUGGCCGCCCUCAAGGCUGACCUUGACAAACAGCUCGCUGAAGUUCAGGAUCGCCUUGCCGAAAUGGAGGAUCGUAACAGUGACCUUGGCCGUCUGAAAAAGAAAAUGGAACAAGAAAUCGCUGAAGCGAAAAAGCAUGCCCAAGACCUCGAGCUCUCCCUCAAGAAGGCUGAGAGUGAGAAACAGGCUCGUGACCAUAACAUUCGUUCCCUACAAGAUGAAAUGGCUAACCAAGACGAAGCCGUUGCUCGUCUCAACAAGGAGAAGAAGCACCAGGAAGAAGUGAACCGCAAGCUCAUGGAAGAUCUCCAAGCUGAAGAGGACCGUGUAAACCACAUGGAGAAGGUACGAGCCAAGCUCGAGCAACAACUGGAUGACCUAGAAGACUCGAUGGACCGCGAGAAACGAGCCCGCCAAGAUCUUGAGAAAUCCAAACGAAAGGUCGAGGGAGAGCUUAAAGUAGCCCAAGAGAAUAUCGACGAAAUCACCAAGCAGAAGCACGAUGUUGAACAGAACCUGAAAAAGAAGGAAGCCGAGCUUCACCAGCUCUCAACCCGUCUGGAAGAGGAACAAUCCCUUGUCGCGAAACUGCAGAGACAGAUCAAGGAGCUGCAGGCUCGCAUUGCUGAACUCGAGGAGGAACUUGAAAAUGAGAGACAGAGCCGCGCUAAGGCUGACCGCUCUCGAUCCGAACUGCAGCGUGAACUUGAAGAAAUCAGUGAGCGACUUGAAGAACAAGGUGGUGCCACUGCUGCCCAGCUUGAAGCCAACAAGAAGAGAGAAGCUGAACUAGCCAAACUGCGCCGCGAUCAAGAGGAAUCCAACCUGAACCACGAAACCGCAUUGGCCUCCCUUCGCAAAAAGCACCAUGAUGCCGUAGCCGAACUCACAGAUCAGCUCGAACAACUGCAAAAGCUCAAAGUAAAGGCCGACAAGGAAAAGGCUCAGCUACAACGAGAAUUAGAGGAAGUAUCUGCAUCGGUAGACAGCGAGGUCCGAACACGACAAGACAUUGAGAAACAGCUCAAAGUCGUCGAAGUCCAAUACGCUGAAGCUCAAACAAAGGCUGACGAGCAAUCACGACAGCUUAAUGAUUUCGCUGCUCUUAAGAACCGACUUCACAAUGAAAAUAGCGAUCUCGGACGUCAACUGGAAGACAUGGAAAAUCAACUGAAUAGCCUACACCGUCUCAAGUCACAACUGACUAGCCAGCUUGAAGAAACCAAACGAAGCUACGAUGAGGAAGCACGCGAACGCCAGGCUUUGGCUGCACAAGUCAAGAACUUCGAACAUGAGAAUGACAGCCUUCGUGACCAGCUUGACAGCGAAUCGGAAGCCAAGGCUGAAUUGUUGCGCCAAAUAAGCAAACAAAACGCCGAAAUCCAACAAUGGAAAGCAAGAUUCGAAAGCGAGGGUCUCGCCAAGCUCGAUGAAAUCGAGGAAGCCAAGCGCAAGUUGCAAGGCAAAGUGCAGGAGCUAACCGACGCCAACGAAAUGGCGUUUGCCAAGAUUGGAACUCUCGAAAAGACACGCCACAAGCUUAUGCAAGAUCUCGAUGACGCUCAGGUCGACGUCGAACGCGCCGCUGCCUACGCUGCCGCCCUUGAGAAGAAACAGAAGGGCUUCGACAAGAUUAUCGAUGAAUGGAGAAAGAAACACGAUGACCUUGCUGCUGAACUCGAUGCCGCCCAGCGAGACAACCGCAAUCUCUCUACUGAUCUCUUCCGAGCCAAGACCGCCCAGGACGAACUUGCUGAACACCUUGAAAGCGUACGCCGCGAGAACAAGCAACUUGCUCAGGAGGUGAAAGACCUUGCCGACCAGCUCGGCGAAGGAGGACGCUCUGUACACGAGCUCCAGAAGAUGGUCCGACGUCUUGAAGUAGAAAAGGAAGAACUGCAAAAGGCUCUUGACGAGGCUGAGGCAGCCCUUGAAGCCGAAGAGGCUAAAGUACUACGUGCCCAGGUCGAAGUCUCUCAAAUCCGUUCUGAGAUCGAGAAACGCAUCCAGGAGAAAGAGGAAGAAUUCGAAAACACCCGAAAGAACCACCAACGCGCACUUGAAAGCAUGCAAGCCACUCUUGAAGCCGAAACCAAGCACAAGGAAGAAGCGUUGCGCAUCAAGAAGAAACUCGAAGCCGACAUCAACGAACUCGAAAUUGCCUUGGACCAUGCAAACCGCGCCAAUGCUGAUGCCCAGAAGACGAUCAAGAAAUACAUGGAAACUGUACGCGAGCUCCAGCUCCAGGUUGAAGACGAACAACGACAGAAGGACGAGAUCAGAGAGCAGUUCCUCAGCUCCGAGAAACGCAAUGCUAUUCUUCAGGCCGAAAAGGAAGAGCUCUCGCAAGUGGCUGAAGCCGCAGAACGUGCCCGAAGAAAUGCUGAAGGAGACUGCAUCGAGCUCCGUGAGCAGAACAACGACCUCUCAUCGCAACUCAAUGGAAUUACCGCUGUCAAGAGAAAACUCGAAGGAGAAUUGCAGGCCAUGCAUGCUGAACUCGACGAAACCCUCGCUGAACUCAAGAACGUUGACGAGAUGGGUAAGAAGGCUGCUGCCGACGCUGCCCGCCUUGCCGAAGAACUUCGCCAAGAACAAGAACACAGCAUGCACGUCGAACGCAUUCGCAAAGGACUUGAGGUUCAAAUUAAGGAAAUGCAGAUCCGCCUCGAUGAAGCUGAAGCUGCUGCUCUCAAGGGAGGCAAGAAAAUCAUCGCUCAGCUCGAACAACGAAUUCGCAGCCUCGAACAGGAACUUGAUGCUGAACAGAGACGUCACCAGGAUACGGACAAAAACUGGCGCAAAUCCGAACGCCGUGUCAAGGAAGUCGAAUUCCAAUUGGAAGAAGAUAAGAAGAAUCAGGAAAGACUCACCGAACUCAUCGACAAACUCCAGGCUAAGCUCAAGGUGUUCAAGAGACAGGUCGAAGAAGCGGAAGAAGUUGCCGCUACCAACCUUGGCAAGUACCGUCAACUCCAGGCUCAACUUGAUGACGCUGAAGAACGUGCCGACAUUGCUGAGAACGCGCUGAGCAAGAUGCGAAACAAGAUCCGUGCCUCGGCUUCUGUUGGACCAAGUCAGGGAGGACUCAUGCAGUCUGCUAGCUCAGCCGUCAUGCGAAGCACCUCGUUCGCCAGAGGAGGAGAAUUCUAA